GGCAUUGGCAUCCGGCUCUCACGGCGUUCUAUGCCAGUAAAUUGCAGUGCAUCUGUGGCUCUCAUUAUGUAUUAUAAUUUAUUGCUAUUUCUUUUUUCUGUAAGUACCGUACAUGUUUGUGCGGCGAAGUCAACAGGUGCAGUUUCCAACUAUGAAGCUCACUUGCUACUAGCACAGAUAAUUGUGAAUAUUUAUGUCAUCAGUUGGAGGCGACAUAGGCCGAAUUUUCCUGACUGUACAUGCUUACGUGCCCGGGCAAACGUUACAAGCUCGACUUCUGCCUUAGACUCGACCGGCUCGUCGAUAUUUUCGUUCGCAGCCUUCGCGUCAGCCUGCAUUCCAUCGUCGAAGAGCGGUCGGCAAUCGAUGUGCUAGGUUCAAGCAAUGUGAGCACUUCGACUUCACUUCCGAACCUGGCGACGACGCAAACGUGCCUAGGGACAUCGCUGCGCACGAUUGGCGCAUCUUGGGGAAUGUCAAGCAAGAGCACAAGCCGCACAAAACAUCCUACGAGAUUGGCGCGCGAGCCGCUGACCUCUACGUCAGUUUUGUCUCGAGCUGGAGAGGACUUGGCGCACCAAGGACUCGCAGUGUCGAGAAGUUCCACGACAGCAUUCGCCUCGUCGACUACGAAUGCGGGGUUCUUCCGGCGGAGCUCGUGCGUCACGCGUUUCAGGCUCGUUCUGCGCUACUAUCUUUCGGUCCUCUUGCCGAUGGCCGCGCUGCCCGUAACUUGCAACGACAUCGCCAUUCUGCACGACGUCGAAGCCACCGUCCGCGAAGUUGAAUUUUUUGACGGACGCGAAGAACCCGAGCGCGGAGAGCGGUAAAGCUCCAGUUAAGAAGACGACUGCAGAGCAAGGCAGUGAUCAGGGGGUAGGUUUGGAAAGUUGGGGACUGACUGGGAGAUUAUAGAUACGUCACAUUAGUACAGCAUCCACAGGGGUAAGAUGACCCACGAAUACACUAGCAGGCCA